AUGGGGGAAAACGACGACAGUGAAAUCAUAGAGCACCACGUCGAGGAGGAGAUGGAGAAGAAAGGCACGAGGAGCCACGCAGCCUCCUCCUCCUCGUUCCCGGAGAGCGUCACUCCGUCCGACAGAGAGGGCCACAGCGGCACCCAGUCCUCCCACAGACUGCUGGCCUACAGCGAUGCUCUCAUCUCCAUCAUCGCCACCGUCAUGAUAUUACCUGUUGCCCAUACCAAGAUGGAAGAUGAUGAGGAGUUGAGGGAGAGUUUUCAACUUCUGCUGACAACAAAGAUUGCUGUUUACUUAAUGACAUUCCUGAUUGUGACUGUAGCAUGGGCUGCUCAUAUCAGGUUAUUUCAAGUGAUUGUACGAAUUGAUGAUUGCCUUGCACUGCUAAACCUGGCCUGCAUGAUGCUGAUAACCUUUCUGCCGUACACAUUCUCUCUGAUGGCGACCUUCCCUACGAACCUCCUCGGGAUUUUACUCUUCUGUGGUUGUGUGAUGGUGAUAGGUGUCAUUCAGUCGGUGAUUGUGCUGUACGCCUUCAGCCGUCCCUUCCUGCUGAACGAACAGAUCCAGAUCUCAGAGAACCAAACCUUCUACAAACACCACAUCCUCAAAGUCAUCAUGCGGGUUCCCCUCAUGUGCAUGUUCGCCAGCAUCUUCUCCCUCAUCUUCUUACAGCUGUCUUACGUGCUGUUGGCGAUUGUUAUCUUCCUGCCGUACAUCUCCCAGUCUUUGAAGUGGUGCCGCAGCAAAGCAAUUGGUCAGGUGGAGGAGACUCCAGACUCCAUGUUGUUUUACACCUACCUGCCCAACGAGCCCCUCAGCAAGGACCGCGUGGAGGCUUUUAGUGAUGGAGUUUAUGCAAUCGUAGCAACUCUUCUCAUCCUGGACAUAUGUGAGGACAACGUUCCAGACCCCAUUGUCGUGCAGAAGCAGUUUGGUGGCAGCCUGAUAGCAGCUCUGCAGGUCUACGGCCCAGAGUACCUAGCCUACUUUGGUUCCUUCGCCACCGUUGGCCUUCUCUGGUUUGUGCACCACUCGCUCUUCCUCCAUGUGACCAAGGCCACGCGCUUUAUGGGCCUGCUGAACACCUUCUCACUGGCGUUUGUCGGAGGUUUGCCUUUAGCCUACCAGCUAACACACGAAUUCCCACACAACUCUCGCAACGAACUGGAAGCCAUUCAGAUUAGCUGCGUGAUCAUAUUCUUCGCAGGUAUAUUUCAGCUCACUAUUUGGGUGGUUGCUCUUUACAAUGAACAUGAAACUCUGCACCCUUAUGUACGUUAUGGCGGACGCGAGCACGCGUUCAUGCUAGCUAAGCUGGCUUUGUACCCCUGUGUAGCUCUGGGGACGUUUUUCCUCACAUGUAUUUUGAGUAAAUUUAGCGCCCAAAUUUUCCACCUGAUGAUGAUUACGGUGCCUUUCGCUUUCCUUGUGUUGAGGCUGUUGGUGCGCGUUGGGCUAGCUUUGCUACGGCUUAUUUUCUGUCCUGAUAGGCCCGACCCGAGGUCUAUUGUAGAAGAGGAAGAUGAGACGAGAGUGCCAUUCAACGCUUUAGUCACCUAGCUAGCUUGAAGGGCCACAGAAAAUGAAGCUAUCUGACAGAAGAGUGAGGCAUUAUAGCUUAAAUGCUUGGUCUCUGAAAGAGUUACUGUAAGGGUUUGAAUUGGGAACCACAUGAAGAAGAUUGUUCUCUUUUCAGCAUUUAAACUGGUUCCAUUCUUGAAUCAGUGCAAAUGGGAUUAGAUGUGACCUGUUGAAGGCGAAAUAUGGAAGUCGUAGAGAUUUAGAAAACUCUCAGUGGACCAGAGUAGUGAAGGAUACUGACAGCCAAAGCCUAUCUAUUCAUUUAAUUGUUAACCUGAAGAAUAUACUCAUGCUAGUUUUGAUUAGUGAAUAAUCAACAACAUAAAUCAUCCUUGAGCGCUUAAAAGCCAAAGUUGUACCACAGUAAGGUUUCCCACUUUGAUUUUAUCGCUCACUUCGUCCUGAAGUAGCAAAAGGUCAAACAUGAAAAUGGCUAUUUUCUGUCUAAAGGGAUGAAAUUAUGUAAACUAGUUCUUCGCUGAACUAGAUUAUUCACUUCAACCUGAAUGAGUUAAACAGACAAAACAGGUUUUUCUAAUUAUUCUUCAGUUGCUGUGCCAGAUUCUGUAAGAUAAACUAUCCGUCCAACUUCUAUGGUUUUAAUUCUGCCUUAACUUACUAUUUUUUUUACCCAGAGAUUUUGAAGUAUGUCCAGAUGCAUUCGGUUUCCUAAAUAAGAGCUGAUGGCUGAAGUAUUCGAAUACUUUGUGUAGGACAAGGGAAGUUUUCUCCUUUCAGACUUUUGCCCCAAUGUAAAUGUUGGAGUUGUUAGCAAACAAGCAUGGGUUUAAGUCGGAAAUGUCCAGCACUUUAAACACUGAACGUAGUACUGAACGGGUACGCCUAUUCAAUUUCUAAUUGCACUAGUUUGAAAUAUUUUUUAUUUUAUUUUUUUUAUUUGUGUAAUGCCCACUUGAAUGUAAUAUCACCAUUUCAAAUCUGUCAAACUGCUGUUUUGGUUCCACUAUUAUCAUUGAAUAGAAAGACUGCGCACUUACAUGACCCCUAAAGCUGUAUUGUGCAUGGCUGGCUUUAGUGUCGGUGAUAAUGAUUUCAUGUUUUUUUUAAGUAAUGUCAACCCAAUGUUAUUAUAUUAUAUUAAGGAUAAAUCAGUUUAAAUUAUUACUGUUUUUAUUGAGAUGUUCAUAAAACUGGGUAUAGUAAAUUUCUCCAGAUGGGGUCACUGUUGUUCUGUUAAAUAGUCCUGAGAUACUGAAGCCAUUUUCAUCGCUGUAAUGAUGACGUGAUGUGCUAUGAUGUAUAAUUAUGUGUUUGAUACAGACUCAAAGGGAACUUAAAUCUGAGAUGCACUUUAUCGGGAACCUGUCAGGUGAUGGAGAAGGUUUAGAUUUAUAUCAACAAAGCACAGAGUUGAAAGAAUGACAACAAAAAUACUGUUCAUGUACCAUUUGUGAUUGGUUGGACACGUCACGUCAUAUCUCUGGCUUCUUUUGUUUGUCUUGUUCUAAGUCUGUUAAGGAUGACUUAACAGCAGCUCCCACCAUACAAGCGAUAUGUUUUCUGAGUAUUUGUAUCUAAUGAUCUGUUGGUUUAUUAAGAUGGGAGCACUGUAAUAUCUCUGACUUCAUGUAUUUGUCAUAUAAACAACUGUAUUUGUAUAUUUUUCAAGUUACGGUCAAAUUGUCUUUUGUUGUCAUUCCUUUAACAUGGUGGCUUUGUUUGUUGAGGCCAGAUAUUGUAUCCCUCUCCAAAUAUUCCCCUCCGUAUACUCCCUUUGACAGAUUCUCAAUGCUUCGUGUUACCUGUUUGUAAUAGCUACACAAGUGCAAACAAUGCAUCUGCUCUGUCACACUGUGAGAAAUCUUUUUGUUUUAUGUCAAAUCACAAACUGUCAAGUUUUGUUUUGUGAGUAAAGCUGAAGUUGUUACUUUUAAUGUUAAAGCGAA